AUGAUCGCCCUCACCCGCCAGCUCUACCCGCGCCUCUCUCGCAUCAUUGCUUCCUCGCUGCACGGGGGUGGGGAGGAUGCUGAAGAGGAGGGAAUUGGGAAGGGGGCGGGGGGGAAGGGUAGCGCUGGGGAGGCAGUGAGUGGGGAGAGUGGAGUGUUGGGAAGGGGGGAUGGGGAGCAGGGUGGUGAGCAGGAGGUUGCAGCGGAAGGGGGUGUGGAGGGGUGUGGUGAAUUGAGGGGGGAUGAGGAGGGCGAUCGUUCUGAGAAGGUGCUAAGCAGUGCGAGGGAGAAAGAUGAGAGCCUGCAGGGCAGCAGCAGCAGCACCGGGUGUGAUGUUAGUGUAGGCGAUGGCACAGGUGGUGAUGGCGUGGGGAGGGGCGACAUCAUGCGUGGCACUGAGAGAGGCGAGGCAGCUGGGAGAGGUCCAACAUGUGGGCCACGCACCACAGCCGCACGGGGCCGUGCGAGUGAGGGCACAGGGGGCGGUGUGGGCAACAGCGGCAGCGCCAUGGUGCUGCUGGUGGGGCUGCUCACGGCCUGCCUGCGCAACGCUCGCCUGCCGCACUCACGGCGCCACUGCCUGCUGCUGCUGCACGCAGCAGCACAGCACUGCUCGCACGCGGUGUGUCUGCAGGCUGUGGCGCCCUUCCUGGUGGCGGUGCUGGCCCCGGACGGGCUCACGGCCACGCCGCUGCACGCCCUCGACACGCUCCUCCCCGGCGGGGCUGCCAGCCCGCCCCUCGUGCGCUGCACCGCGCUCACCGUGCUCACGCGCCUGCUGGCGCGCGUGCGCUGCUUCCCCUCCACGGACGCGCGCUUCUUCCCCGAGUACCUCUUCCCCUCGCUCUCCCUGCUCCCCCGCUCGCCCGAUGAGACUGUGCGCGCCACGCUCGCCCUCUGCCUGCCCUCCCUCGCUGCCUCCGCGCUGCGCUUCUUGCUGCUCCCCGCAGGGGCCACGUGCGCCACUGGGGGAAGCGAGGGGGAGUCCGGGCAGGGGGCGAAUGAGGGAGAGAGGAAAAGCAGCAGUACAGCAUGGGAGGAGAGGGGUGGUGGAGAGACGGAUGGCGACAACGACAGCAGCAGUGGCAUGCCGGGGUUCUCCUUGGCAACCUCCGGCCUGCCGCCGUCCCAACGAGUCAGCAGCUGUGCCACGCUCACCUCUCUCAAGGCGCUUGCAGCGGCAGCGGAGCGGCUGGCAGAGCAGCACAUGGGAGAGCUAGCGGAGGUGAGGGAGGCGGUGCGAGUGGCGGUGGAGGAGCUCUCCACGCUGCCCCGCAGCACGCCCCCCAUCCGCCUCUCCCUGCUGCACCACGCCCCCUCCCUCGCUGUCUUCCUCGGUCCCCCCCUUGCCACCACUGCACUGCUCCCCCUGCUCAUCACCUUCCUCAACGACCCCUCCCCCCGCGUGCGCGCUGCCUUCUUCCACACGCUGCCCGCGCUCUGCCCGCAUGUGGCCCCCUCCGCACUGCCUGCCUUCCUCCUGCCGUGCCUCGAGCAAGCCCUGGGGGACACCUCGCAUUCGUCCGUGCCUGCUGCUGCUGCCGCGUGCCUGGCCCAGCUCGUGCGCUCCCAGCGCCUGCAGCAGCGGCGGUGGCUGCUGUCAGCCGCACGCCAUGCAGCGCCGCUGCUCAGGCACCCUGAGGGGGACGUGAGGGGCGCUGCUGUGGCGUUUGCAGCGGCUGCAGCGGGUCUGCUGUCGGCUGUUGACGCCCACGCGCUGCUGCUGCCGCUGCUCUCCCCCUCCCUGCGCUACCGCCCUGCGCUGCUCACCUCCCCCGCCUCCCUUGCUGCUGCGCUCAAGGCGCCCCUGUCUACCCACCCUGCUUUGCCGCCCCAGCCACCCCUCCCAGCGCAAGCAGGUGUGGCGUCGUGGCAGAUGAGUGCAGGGCAAGCAGUGCCCGACCUCCGCGUGCCGCAUGCGCUCUCGCCUGCUGCUGCGCGCGAAACGGAGGCUGGCCGUGCUGCUGCAGGUGCGCGUGUGAGUGUGGGCGAGCAUGGUAGCAACAGAGGAGUUGGUGCAAUGAGCGGCGAGGAUGAGCAAGGUGCAGACACGGGAGCAGUGGGCCGGGGGGAAGGAGGCGCAGCAGACAUGCAAGGGAAGCGGUCGGUGGGGCAGGAGGAGGGGAGGGACGUGGCGAUGGGAGGGCAGGCGGCGAGUGGGCGAGCAGCAGCAGCAGCAGCACAGCACGUGGCCUCGUCGACACUCGCUCACUCCCUCUCCAUGCAAUAUGCUGUGCCCCCCGCACACGGAGCAGCACCAGCAGCGCCAUACCCAGCCAUGGCUGCUGCGCUUGCCAGCAUGCGCACCGACACGGGGCAGCCCUGGCCGCCCCUCCCCUCCACUGCACCAUGGCCUGCCACCACUCACUCGCCUGCUUCCACCGCUCACUGGCCCUCCACACCCCUCCACACUCCCCUGCCUGCCUCUGCAUCUCACUCUCUCCUCGUCCCCCCCCCUUCCCCCUCUCCACCCCUCCAUCUCCCCACUCCACCCUCUCCACUCAUCCACCGGCACCUCACCUCUCAUCGCCCGCUGAUCUCCCCUUUGCCUUUGACUCGCUUGACGACCUCCCCUCUCCCCCCCCCCACCUCCUCCGCUCUCUCCACCUCCCACUCUGCCUCCCACCCGUCCCUGCCACCACCCACCACGCCACAUGCCGCCACCACGCCCACCAGCACCCCAACGUCACUCCCACCCUCUCACGCCCUCCCUCCUCACACAGGCCCUCUCCUCCCCCACACACUGCGCGGCCCCCCUCCCCCCCCUCCGCCCCCCGCGCCGGUGUCGCACUCACUGGUGUUCCUGGGCACCACGCAGCCCCACACCCGCAUCUCCUCCCUCUCCCUCUCCCUCCGCUCCUCUCGCCGCCCCCCCUCCUCCUCCACCCUCCGUCCCUCCGCCUCCCCGGCUCGGCAUACCCUCCCCCCUGCCGUGCCUGCUGCUGGACCUGCCACCAUGUGUGCAGCAGAGGCUGGGCAGGGAGGCAGAGCAGAGGACGAGAUGGAGAGACGUUUGCCUGCGGCAGGCAGGGAGGGUCACACAGCGGCCCUACUGGAGAGGCCGAGGGCGUUAGCUGGUGGUGGUGCUGGGGGCGAGGUGUCACCACGUGCAGCAAGUCAAGCUCAAUCAUCCGUGGAUGAUUGUAGUGCCGCCCAUGUCAAUGCCACGUCAUCUGCCACGUCUGCAUCUCCACAUCUCGUGGAACCAGGUGGGGUGGGUGCGGGGAGCACGGGACAUGCACAACUGCCAGCAGCAGCACAGGUAGCACCACCAUCAGCAGCGGGUCAAGCAGCAGGCGCAGAGGCAGAGGAGAGCAGGGAACGUAGGGCAGCAGCAGUGAGCGGGGAGGUGCAGAGGCUGCUGGGGUGGGGCAGUGCGGACGACGGUGCCGCCAUGGCUCUGCUCCCCGCAUCCCCCUCGCUGCUCUCCACCACAGCAGCAGCAUGGCGGCCGCGCGGGGUGCUGGUGGCGCAGCUGCACGAGCACCGGGCGGCCGUGCCCGCGCUGGCAGUGGCGGGCAACAGCCAGUGGUUCGCCACUGCCUCGCAUGACGGCACUGUCAAGGUGUGGGACGCCACUCGCCUUGACCGCGGUACCGCUUUUCGUUCCAAACUCACGUACGCGCCGGGGGGAGCAGCAGUGGCAGGGGCAGGGAAGGCGACUGCGGUGGCGGUGAUGGGGGACAGUGCGACAGCAGCGGUGGGGUAUGCGAGUGGGGAGGUGCAUGUGGUGCACGUGGACUAUGCGCCGCGCUUCCUCUCCUCGCCCGACUCCUACCGCUGCAUCACUCGCAUGGCCUCCCUCGAGCCCGCCUCUUGGUCUUCCCCCUCCAGCCACACCCCAGGUGCGGCAAGAGGGCCCAUCCUCUCCGUGCACUCGUGGGCGGCUUCUACCCUGGGCGCCACCCCGCCCUCCCUCUCUGCAUCCUCCUCCUCGCUCUUCUCCUGCAACCCCCUCUCCUCCUCGCACGCACUCCUCCUCGUCGCCUCGCUGCAUGGCGGCAUCACCCUGUGGGACAUGCGAGCUGCCCGCCCCGCCUUGUCGCUGCACCUGCACGCGGCACUGGGAGCGCCCACCCACGUGCUGCCCGACCCGCACCACGGCCUGUGGCUGCUCGCCGCCUCCUCCUGCUCCGCGCUCUGCCUCUGGGACCUGCGCUUCCUGCUCCCCCUCUCCUCCUGGCGCCUCCCCUCCGCCCCCUCCGCGCCCCACCCGCCCCCCAUCACAGCACUGGCGCCCAUGCUGCCCGCGGCCUUUCCCCCCGCAGGGGACGCUAUGGGGGCAGCGGCAGCAGGCGGGCCGGAGCACCUGCCAGGGUGGUUUGGGGCGGACCGCGGGAGCGCAGCAACAAAGGGGGCAGUGGGGGCGGCAGGGGGUGGGGCAGCAGCAGCGGGAGCAGGGGGGGCAGUGGGGGGGGCGUCACGGCCUCUGGUGUAUGUGGCGAGUGGCAGGGACGAGGUGGGGCUGUGGAGUGCCGACACGGGGCAGUGCCACCAGCCCUCCUCCAGCACCGCUCCCCCUCCCUCCCUGCCCUCGCGCUCCAACCUCCCCACCGCUCUGCAAUCCCGCCCACACCUGCUGCCGCUGCCACCCUUCUCCACCAGCACCACCACGCCCUCCGGCCGCAUGCUCUCCUCCUCGCCCUGCUUGCCCAGCGGCCCUCUGCCCCAGUCAACACAGUCAACGCAGUCAAGCGGGGCAAGUGGGGCAAGGCAGGCAAGGCAGUCGUUGCUGCGGGUGGAGCAGCUGAAGGAGCCACCGGGCAGGGUGGGGGGGGUGAGGGCGCUGCUGGGAGUGCCGGGGGGCAGUGCGCUACUCACAGCCGGCACUGACUGCUGCAUCCGCUACUGGUGCCGCCUCAGGCCGGAGCAGAGUGGGUGGGUGAGCGGGCCCACAGCCAGGGGGGCGCGGGGAGAGGUGCUGCACCCGCGCUACGACAUGCGCAUCGUGCACGGCGCGAGAGUCAUUCAGGAGACCCCGCCCCCCUUCUACGUGGAUGCGGCGCGGCAGCGAGGCAGCGGUACGGGCGCCUCCACUCCACAAGCAGGCGGGCGGGCAGCAGCAGGCAGUCAGGGGCACGCGGAUACAGGCCCGGGAGGGGCAGCGGGAGGAGGUGGAGGGGCAGGGGGAGGGGGGCGGCGCAGCAUGGUGGAGGUGGCAGCGGUGGAUGUGGGGGGGUGCCACCGCGAUGCCGUGCUGGCACUGGCCGUGGCGGACCCGGGACAGCGCCUGCUGCUCUCUGCCAGCCGUGACGGCGUCGUCAACGUCUGGCGCUAA